AUGGCUGAAAUACCGAAUAAAGAUGGCCUCCAUGUACGCUUCCUUACUUUCAACGUCAAUGGGCUGCGAACUUUUUUCCACUUCCACCCGUUUCGUGAUAUGAACAACUCUUUGGCCAAAGCGUUUGACUAUUUCAAAUCUGAUAUAAUUACAUUUCAAGAACUCAAGACCGAUCCUCAAUCGAUAACAACUUGGGGCAAGACCCGCGGAUUCUAUUCUUUUAUAUCAAUUCCUGUUAAACGAAAAGGAUACUCCGGGGUAGGUUGUUGGGUUCGUAUUCCUAAUUCCGAAGAUCCUCUCUUUGAAAUUUUACAAGUUGUCAAGGCUGAGGAAGGCAUCACCGGUUACCUUAGCAUAAAGAUAGGCAAAUCUAGCGUUCGGUAUAGAGACGACAAAGCGCUAGGAAUUGGUGGUUAUCAAUCACUGGGACUACAAAAUGAGAGCGAAGCGUUGGCGUUAGACGCCGAGGGCAGAUGUGUCAUGGUAGAGCUGAAAUGCAAUGCGGUGAUUAUCAGCACCUAUUGCCCAGCCAAUUCUUCACAAUCCGAUGAAGGUGAAGAGUUUAGAUUGAAAUUCCUAAAAGUGCUAUUUAGACGUAUUCGAAAUCUACAAGCAGUCGGUAAAACUGUGGUUUUGAUGGGUGACAUAAAUGUUUGUCGCGAUCUUAUAGAUCACGCUGAGGCUCUGAAAGAAUCACACAUUAUGGUCACUAACCUCACCAAAGGUUCGCGGGUUGAAGUGGAAAACGCCCAGUCGGUUAGGGAAUUCAUAUAUUCACCAUCUAGGCCAGCUAGGAGAUUAUUGAACGAAAUGCUAGCGGAUUCUAAAAUACCACAAAUGGCAGCAUCCGGUACGUUGGUUGAUACAACAAGACAACUGCAAGGUGAAGAUAGGUUGAAAAUGUACACCGUAUGGAGUACUCUAAAAAACGCUAGACCAAUAAAUUUUGGAUCCAGAAUUGACUACAUAUUAGUAUCGGCACAUGCAAAAGACUUCGUCAAAAGAGCAGAUAUAUGGCCGGAAAUAAUGGGCUCCGACCACUGUCCCGUGUUUGCAGAUCUCGAAUUUCAGGUGCCCGUUGACAACAAUCCUAAACAUCUAAAAACAAGUCUGCCUUUUGAAGCCAAGCAAAGGUACAGCUUGAACCACAGGGACAUACUAAGUAUGUUCCCUCGGUCUCCCAGGGUGCGCAUCGCGGAAAGUAAAAGUGACACGAAACAGGGCUUGAUUCAAAAGCCAGUGAGUAAUUCAAAGAAGACACAAAGUUUUUGUGUUGCAAAGCUUCCAAAUGCCAUAGAUUUUCAAGAUGGCAAUGAAGUAAAAAGUCAUCCAGAUGCCUUGCAUACACAAGAGUCUUCCCUUGCUCAAAAGUCAGAUUCCUUCUUUCAUAUGUUACAUGGGAUGCUUGAUAAACCCCCACAGUGCAAACACGGUGAAAAUUCAAUUUUGAGGACCUCCAAGACCGAAAGCAACCCGGGAAAGAAGUUCUGGGUAUGCGCAAGACCCAAAGGAGAGCCGAAUGACAAGGAAGCCUCAUGCGGUUAUUUCCAAUGGAAGUCAUAA